AUGGUGAGCCGCUGUGCGCUCUGCUGGGGGGCGGCGGGUGGGGGUCCGGGCUGGGCAGGUAACGCGGCCUCCGGGGGUAGCUGGGUGGGUUGCUAAGGGCAGUGGGGAGGUGGGCCACGUCGGGAGAGGUAUUCUAACCUCACCGCCCCCUCCCUUGAAGGAAGCAUACUAACAGCGGGAAUGAGGUGCCGGGCAUCAGAGAGAGCAUUGCGAUACUGGAGGGGGCGAGGGUGAUGGGGAUCAGGGUGGCUCGCCGCUGGAGGGAGCCCACAGCACUGGGGGGGGGCAGGCGGGGGCGGGGCAAGAGUUACUGUCAGGGGUGUAACUGGGGCUUGCAGCCGAAUCGCAACCGUGUUUACUCGGGAGUAAGUACUACUGGCCAACCUCGCUGUGCGCACGCAGGACUUCUAAGUCUGCUCUUUAAUUCCGAGUAGUUAAAAGAGAUGGUGUGUCUCUUCCUCAACCGCGCCUGCCUCCCCUCCUGAAUGCUUCAUGCCUGCUGAUGGGAGGGAUCCCAGCCUAAGAUUUGUGAUUCUGGGUCUGGAACCCCGGUACUGUGGUGGUGGUGGUUACUGAUUUCUGGCCGUGCAGUAGAAGUGUGGUUUUCAGCACCUGGCAGGAGUCUCUCUUUCCAAGGGAUGCUCAAACAGAGUUUCCUUUGACGUUUCCUGCAUCUGUAAUUCGAACUAGAAUCUACACUAACCAGAACACUCCUUUUGGUUUAGAAUUGUGUGUCUUCAUUCUGCUUUCUAGCCUACUCUUCCAUCCUGCCUCCCUCCCGCCCUCAUUACACUCUCAAAUGUUUUCGGACAAAAAAGGCAUUGGUAGAGUAUAUUAUUGGGUGUGUGGGGGGGAACCUUACAUUUUGGAGCGGGGAUUAAGAGCAGCAUAGCUAGCUGAAAGUUGGCUCUGAAGGAGACACCUGAUCUCAUUGCGUGUGUGGACCAGGCAUUUGUUCUAGCUGGGCUCAGGUUGGUUGCUCCAAGCUGGAGGUGGUGGCAAGAUACCUUUUCUUCCGGAUUUAAACAAAGUCCUACGAUCUGUGUGGGAGGUCAGCAAAGGGGAACAUAUUUUAGUAUCUUAUUGCAUGGCUGUCAUUUAUAGAUCCAAAGAAACCCCAGAAAAGGUUGACCUGGCUCUGUUGUAAAAGAGCAAUCUUUGGUGUGCACACACAUGCAAAGAAUUGUGAGAGUCGAACUGCACAUGAUCUGCGAAUGCAUGCCACAAAACCACAGUAGGUGGUUCUUCAAAGGAAAAAUGGCUAGAUUGAUACUUUUUUAGGCAUUUGUUUGCUGCCUUAUAACCUUGCUUGCCAUUUUCCCAUUGCAACUCUAUUCCCCCCACCCCAAAACACAAACACAUGCUAGUUGCUACUCUUCCUCCUCCUCAGCUGCUAGGUAUGGGUUUAAAUAGGUGGAACACAUUUGGAAACCUGUGGAGCAAGGAAGGAAUAGGACUGUGGCUUGGGCAGAGGUAACUGCCACUGAAAAAUGUCAGAUGGAGAAAGGACCAAAUAACCCCUUCCCUCCUUAUUAUCUCCCUCCCAGAACUGUGCUGUCUUUAGAAGCAGCAGCUUUUAUUUCACAUGUUUAUGUGUAAUUUGACUUUGAUGGGCCUUGCACUCUUUUUUUGCUUUUGCAAGUUGACAGUGUGGCAGAGUGUCUGUCUCAUAACCUCCAUAAUGGCUGUGUGGUCUAGGGGAGUACCAGUCAGGACACCGACUGGUGUGCUUCAUGUGCCUCCUCUCAGUGCUCAGGGUUAAAAACAAAAGGCACCAGAGCUUUAAUCCUGGAAGUGUAAACUGGAAGCCCCCUCUUUGUCAGGUGGGACUGUACAACACAUGCUUUGCAAAGAAGAAACCCCAAGUUCAGUCUGUGGCGUCUUCAGAUAAAAAGGACCAGGCAGCUGAUAGGCCUAUGCAAAUUGUUUAACAUUUUCUUGAGCAGAUGGUCAUUUUCAUUAUUGUUCUGUACCACUUACAGUGUUGGUUUUUUAAAAAAAUGUUUUUAUAAUGUUGUACGCCAUCCUCCUGAUCUCCUAUGAGAGGGCAGUGUAGAAAUACCUCUGUGAAUAGGUGGAUAGCAGGUGAUGGGAAUAAUGUUUGCCACAAACCAGAGCAUUUUUCUACCUGAGGCAGAACAGGAAACAGAACCCCUCCCACAAGCCAAGGUGCAUAGGAGACCUGGGAGUAUGUAAUAAAUAAGCAAAAUAAAAUAAAUAAGAGUUUUCUGCUCUUUCGUGGCAACCAAGACCAGUUGCCUCCACCCUUACUCAUGGCAGUGCCAGCCUUGUGCUGAAACCCCGGAGAGCUGCUUAAGUGGUUCUCAAAGGAAGCAUCUCUGGGCUAGAUGGGCAAAUGAGCUGGCUUGGCAUAAGGCAGACUCCUGUAAUCCCAGGUGUGUGAGGGCUAGAGUUGAUUGUGAAGUCUUCUCCGAUAGGGAAAGGUACUGCACUUAUUCAGCACGGUGGUUCAUAGGUAAUUUUUUCAGCUUCUUAUUUUCUCCAUGGAAACCAUUCCCCUGGUACACAAAUGUCUGCAGAAACACAAUCAUGGCAGUCAGUGGUGCCCAGCAGCGAUUUCUGAGAUCAAGGUGACGUUUUCUAAAUGAUGUGAUUUCCCCCCUCCCUCCACACAUUCAAAAAGUGGGUAUCAACUGUGUUUUUAAAUAGAAAGCUAUCAGUUCUUGAUGUAUUUCAAUCUAAGACACUCUUCACUGGGGAAUAUCAGUAAAAAGGUAAAGGGACCCUUGACAAUUAAGUCUAGUUGCUAACGACUCUGGGGUUGCGGCAUAACCACUAAACACAGGCACAGCUCUGCAGUGGUAAUAUUUACCAAAAAAAUUAAAGAGAGAAGAAUUUAGAAAGUCAUUAUAUAAAAUCAUAUCAUAAAUAUUGCUAAUAUUAAUAUCUGUCAUAAAACUGCUUUAAAAAAAAUAAGUAUACUUGUUUGGAAAGAAUAGAUGCACUAAUGUGUGCCACAUAAAUAGGGACAACGAUGAUAAGUAAUGAAUUUAAACAUUUUUCUACAUUCUCUAUUUUAAAAGCCAUACAAAAACUAGUCCUCAGCAAUCCGGCUAGGAAGAAGCAGAAUUUAACUCUGGCAUUUAAUUUUCUGAAUGCAGGGGGUGCCAACAUGGAGCCUUCCAGAGAUGAUGCCGAACUGCAGUUCCCAUCAUCCUUGGCUGUUGACCAUGUUGGCUGAGCCUGAUGGCAGCUGGAGCCCAACAAGAUCUGAAGAGCAUUAUAUUGGCUCCUGUGGACCUAAAGAGAUAAAGAACAGCCUGUAACAUCUUAGUCAUACAUGGAACCACUUCUUUAGACUUUCUAUAAGUUCCCUGAUCAUAAAAAAUUGCUGCUGAAUUAUAUAUGGACUGAGUUCCUGGCUUACACAGUAUAUUGCUGGGCAGGCCAUCCCAAGACAUUCUGAUACCUGAGGCAGAGCAGUCCCUCCAGGUGCUGAGUGCCUAAAGCCAGCCAAGUGAUUUUAGCACCCAAGGCAGAAAAUUCCAUGAGCACCUCUCUGCUGCUGUUCCCUCACACUGUAAUAAUAGAUUAGAUAAGUAGCAAUUUGCUGACCUUCCAUGACACCCAAAAUCAACUGCCUGAGGGGCCUGCCUCAUUGCCUAAUGGUAGGGCUGGCCGUACCUGACGCUAGUAAGAGAGAAGACUUGGUCACUUUUAGAAAUGGAGGCAGUUCAUACACUGAGCAGUGAACCCCUUUGAGCAAUCCUUGAAAGUUUACUUUGACCCAUUGAAAACCACCGCUGUAGAAUUAGAUGAAAGACAGAGAUCUGCCUCUGGUGUUUGAUGUGAGAUGAUGGCUUUUCCACCAAUGCUAAGACAUAAUUUGUGCAAUUACUGAGUGCUGUGUGUGUGUGUGUGUGUGUGUGUGUGUGUGUGUGCAUGCAUGCAUGCAUGUGUGAACUUGCCCCAAAACAGGGCAUAAUCUGACCAGGGUUCAGCCCCUGUGAAAUGUUGCAUAGUGUCCAAGAGACGGUGUUGUGCACUAAGCGCUCCUCAGUUCCAGUCUGGAAUUCUGUAGGUGAACUUAGGUAAGCUGCUCUCUCUUGGCCUCACCUGUAAUACAGUGGUACCUCGCAAGACGAAUGCCUCGCAAGACAAAAAACUCGCUAGACAAAAGGGUUUUUUGUUUUUUGAGCUGCUUCGCAAGACGAUUUUCCCUAUGGGCUUGCUUCGCAAGACGGAAACGUCUUGCAAGUUUGUUUCCUUUUUCUUAACACCGUUAAUACAGUUGCGACUUGACUUUGAGGAGCAACUCAAUGCCUCGCAAGACAAAAAACUCGCUAGACGAAAGGGUUUUUUGUUUUUUGAGCUGCUUCGCAAGACAAUUUUCCCUAUGGGCUUGCUUCGCAAGACGGAAACGUCUUGCAAGUUUGUUUCCUUUUUCUUAACACCGUUAAUACAGUUGCGACUUGACUUUGAGGAGCAACUCAUAGAACGCGGUGUGGUAGCCUUUUUUGAGGUUUUUAAAGACUUUGGUGAUUUUUGAAGCUUUUCCAAAACUUUCCCGACACCGUGCUUCACAAGACGACAAAAAUCGCAAGACGACAAAACUCGCGGAACGAAUUAAUUUCGUCUUGCGAGGCACCACUGUAUGGGGAUAAUAACUCACAGAGUUUUCCCUAAGGAUUGGUGAUGUUGAGUAUGUGAAGCUUCUGGAGUCUGCUAAAAACACUAUAUGAAUGCUAAAUCUGAUGAUGACCUAGUGCAGAAUGUAUUUCCUUGCCGGAAGGGCUGUAGCAUAGUGGCAGAACAUCUGCUUUGCUUGGGAAAGGUUCCAGGUUCAAUUCCUGGUAUCUCUAGGUAGGGCUGGGAGAGAAUGCUGUCUGAAAUCCUGGAGUGCCACUGAUGGUCAGCGUAGACAACCCUGAGAUGGAUGGACCAAUCGUCUAUGUUCAGGGUCAGGCUCCCUUUCCACUGAGUAAUCCUAACUAGGUUGCUGUACAUUGAUUACAUUAAUCUUACACUUCCUCCCAGAAUCUUAUACAGUGGUACCUCAGAUUACAGAUGCUUCAGGUUACAGACUCCGCUAACCCAGAAAUAGUACCUUGGGUUAAGAACUUUGCUUCAGGAUGAGAACAGAAAUCGCAUGGCGGCAGCAGCGGGAGGCCAUUAGCUAAAGUGGUACCUCAGGUUAAGAACAGUUUCUGGUUGAGAACGGACCUCUGGAACGAAUUAAGUUCUUAACCCGAGGUACCAAUGUUGUGGGUUUAUGUGCCCCCCCCAUUUUAUUCACAAAGCAAGCCUGUGAGGUAUGUUAGGCUGAGAUACUGUCGCAGUGAGCUUUAUGACUGAGUUCAGAUUUGAAUAUUUUUCUCUGAUAGGGCCAGUCCUACCAUUACAUAGAGUGAGCUGGAUUGCCUUAGGCGGCAAUGUAGAAUGACCUGGUUCAGGGUUCCAGCUAGCCAGCCAAAUCCGUUCCAUUCUCACCUCACGUUUUCCCCCUUCCCCACCCCGUCAAUCAGUAUUUUGUGCCCACUGAGCAUGCUCAGUGUUCAAUGAGCGAUUUUGGGAUCUCCCAUCUUAGGAUUUUUAAAAUAGAAGGUUUUCCCCUUUUUGUACUUCUGCAAACCUUGGGGUUCCCCCAAGUCUGCUGAUAAUUCUCCUUUGUGCGUGGAUGGUGCUGUUUUCAUUGCAGAAAGAUCCACACUUUGAGAAGGAGUUUGGGUUUGGUAUUAGUACAUAGGAUGGAGAUGCGGAGACUCCAAUUUGCGUUUAUGUGAAAGAGAGAGAGAAAAUAUAUAUAUACUCCACCAGCAAUAUUUCUGGAGGAGGACGGCUUUCUGUUUUUUUGCCAGCCACUGUUCUCCCUGGAACCAUCUGCCUUGCACACCCUCCAGGACGGCGAGCCAAGAAGGGGCCUCCCCACUCCUUCCUGCCUCCUGCCAGUGUCUGUGUGGGAAGGGGGGGUUGCCUCUUCCUGUCGGGGAUGUAGAACUUCUCCCUCAAGCUUGGCUGGCUCCGAGUCUCUACUUUCCUGCCUCUCUUCCAGAAAGUGGCAAAAAGCUCCUGGGGGGCGAAGGAGGAAUGUAAAACAGACAUACUUUCCACUAUUCUACAAAGUACCGUGCGGCUAAAAACUUGAACUGAGGCCUGGUCAGGGCUAGUCCCUGAAAAGUAGCCAGGUUGCCAGUUUGAGCCUUCCUUGUGGAAAGAGGGCUGGGGCCGGCCCUAUUAUGAGACAUGCUGAGUCACUUGUCUCAGGUGUCAGAUUGAAGGGGGGCAGUGGAAUGAAUGCCACCCCCCACUGCCUUGCUAAGCCACCCCCCACCCCCGGCUGCUAGAAUGAGUUUGCCCCCUUGCCAGCCACUGCUUGAGCUCUCGUUUCCGGCAGCUGCCUUGGCUAGACGUUUUGACACGGUGCUGCGAGAUUUGGGACACCUUCGCUGCUGUGCUUGCAGUAAGUAGCAGUUGCCCAUCUUGUUGGGUGCAGCGGCUGGGGAUGAGGGGUGGUCCUGCCUUGCUUCGGGUGGCAAAACGGCUUGGGCUGGCCCUGGUUGUAGGGCACCUGCUUUGCAUGUAAAACAAGGAUGUAGUGCCUUGGCCUUGGGGAUAUGAGUGCCACCGCCUGGUUCUCUUUAUCAAGCCCUUGGGGCUCUUUGUCACUCGCCCUCUUGAGUGCUUUGGCCUGCCUGGAAUGUGUCCUUGAGCAGUGAUAACUGCUGCUUGCCAGAAUGGAGGCUUGUAUGUGCAUUGGGGGUGUUUAGAAGGAAACCUCUUGACUUCUGUGUGGCUGGAAUGCAACCUGGUGUACAAAGGUAAGAGUCACAUGUAUCUCUCUGCUUAAGCUUGCUUCUACCUCUCACAUGUGCCUGGAAGGUUUGUUUGCUUUUUUAUUUUAUUUAUAUCCCACCUGCCUUCCAAAGAGCUCAAGGUAGCAUUCCUGGCUCUUCCUUUCCCCUCACAGCAACCCUGCAAGAUAGGUUAGGCUGAGAGAGUGACAGGCCCAAGGUCCCCAAGUGAGCUUCAUGGCUGAGUGGGGAUUUGAACCCAGGUCCCCCAGGCUGUGGUCCAGCACUCUAACCAUUACACAACUCUGCCCGUGAGCUUCCUCGCACCAGUGAAAAGGUUCCAGGUUCAAUCCCUGCUGUCCCCUGUUAAAUGAUAUUGAAUAGUAGGCAAGAAAAGUUCUCCGUUGGGAAGCCACCACCACACAAGGGCAACGAGUUGACUGGGUGAUUUGGGAUGCUGGUUUCAGAGGCAGAUUUAGGGGAGCGUGGCUGGUUUGGUCACACUGGAUGCAGAGCCUCGGGGUUGGCACAGCUGUGAUGUAGAAUGGAAGGCAAGAGGCACCCAAUUUUGGCAUUGCCCAGGGCACCACUGGAGAGCCAGAGGUUCCUCACCAUUGUCAGAAGGGUGAAGGCAGCAAUAGUACGCAGGAUCUGGAGUGGACGGAUAUUGAAUGGAAAGGGGUAGAGAUGUUAAUGGAUAUGCAGCGGGAUGUGUUUUACAAAAGAACAGAAGACAAAUUCCUCACUGCUUAUGCCAAAGAGGAAUAACACUUGGAGGAUAUCCUUUAAGCUCAGUGAUUUCAUAGAUUGGCUAAUUAUACUCACUAGAGAAGAAGCAAGGGCAGUUAAAUGAUACAAUAACAAACCCACCUCUUCAAAGAGAAGGAUCUGAUUCAAAGUUAAGAGAUCAAUUCAAAUUUAUUAUCACCAGGAAAUUAUUAUUUUUAAAAGCUUUCUUCGUUUUGACUCUUUGGGCACAGAUGACUUGGCAAGUUACUUAUGCAGCAGAGGUGAAACUGGGAUCCCAAUCAAUCCAGGAAAGGAAAAGGCAGGCUACAGUGGGACUGAAGAUCCUAUGGAAGUGGAAGCUUGAAGGAUAUAGUUGGCCAGGUAGAUUGUUCCCCCAGCAACCAGCUAGGUGGCCCCGAUGCCCUGAUGGUCAUUAUUGUGCGGUUGCAAAGAGAGAGGACAAAAUUCCUCCCUGGAGAUGUUUUUGCCUAUCUCCAACAAAAUGAGCAUACUGCACCUGAAGACAUUCAUGUUUUGCUUCAACUAUAUUCCACCUGCUGAUAACCACAAAGAUGGGAUUUCAUUAUUAUUAUUAUUAUUAGUUUAUAUACUCCUUUCUGAAGUCGUUUGUGGCUUUUUCCAGGGAGCCUCUGUUGGCCAUCACAUCUGGUUCUCGGGCAUCAUCUUGACACAAUUCCCUCUCCUGACAUGCGCACCAGUGCAUGUUACCUCCUGGCACUUUCCUUACAGGCCCCAGAGGUGACCAGCGGUGCCUUCCUUGAUGUGUCAUGGAAGGAGAACUCCUGAAGUAUCUCUUGGUAGAAGUGGUGAUGAAACGUGUGAGGAGAAGGGUAGACAGAUGACACUUCUCUGAAGUUCCUCCAGCGGGCCUUGCCAGCUACCUCAGCAGGGAGCAGUUUGCUGUAUUGAUGACAAGUACUGGCACAUGACUGGAAGGAUCUAGACUUGGUGGCCAUUGAGUUUGGCUUAAAGCAGGAGUGGGGAACCUUCUAAAGCCCACAGGCCAUGUACUUUUCCAGGCAUCCUUCUGGGGGAACCCAGUGGUGGGUGUAGCCAGAGGCAAAGCAUGAGUGAAACAACAGGUGUUACUCUUGUCUUUGUGCAGUAGGCCACAUUCAAGUCACGCAAAGCUUGGGGGUUUCUAAGGCAAGCAAGAGGCCUUAUCACAGUUCAAGGACACAGUCCAGUCGGCCUAAAGCUCUCCAGGAGAGGGUGAAGCAGUGUCCGUGAGAGAGAGUCCCAAGGGGUGGACAGAGAUUCUUAAUGGCCCACAGGCCUGAGGUUACUCACCCCUAAGCUAAAGCAUAGAGGGUUACACAUUGCCCCAUCGUGUUUCCAAAGCAUCCUGUCCAUAUAUACCACUUCAUAUGACGUAUAUGAGGCGGAAGAAUUGCUGGUGGUGUUGAAGAAAGCACAGUAUUUGAUCAGUGGGACAUUAGGUGCGUUUUCAAAGUUUGUCCUCCGGUGCCAUUAAAGUUAUCCUGCCAAGCAGGUAAGCAGGUGCAAGAAUGUGGGGAGAGGCAGGAGAACAAAGAAGCACAAGAAAAAUAAUUGGGAGUGCUGGCAGAAGACGUGUGUUUCUGGGAGAGUCCUAGCUCCGCAAGGGGGGCUCUUAAAGAAAGAGCAGGGUGGCGUGAAAAGGCAGGUAAGACCAACACUCUCAGCACACAGCCAGGGAGAUGUAUUCAUACAUCUCUUGCCUUGUGCCCAGCUGGACUAUAUACUUCAGCCUGGUCUUCCGCCCCCCCCCCCUUAAAUAAGAUUCAUUGUUUCUUCCUUUGCCUGGUGGAAGAGAAAGCAAGAGAGGGGAGAACAGUGAGCUGAGAGGAGAUGCAGCAGGCAGCAGCUGUGAUGGGGGGGGGGGGACAAGGGAGAAAGGUGUGUGAGGGGGGGAGCAGGAAAACUGAGGGUGGGGAGAUGCAGAUGCUGUCGCAGUGCUUCUUCUCUGGGCCCCUCUCUGGCAGGUGACAUCACCGUUCUGGCACCAAAAGAAGGAGAAAAAGCACCAAAUCCUGUUUUCCCUAGCAUUGUGAAAUCUUAGGCAGCCUCUUCUAUAUCUGGGAUUAGGAGAAUGACUUUUUAGACACAGUAGCAUACCCUCUCCUUUUUAGAAAUGUAAAAUAAAGCCCUGUUUACGCAAAACACGUGAAUAUGUGCUAUUGCAUUUGGUGUCGUCGUCCCCCACCAUAGACAGCUACACCCAACAGAUGGUUGCUUGCACAAAGGCAACCUAAAAGUGCAGCCCUGAUUCACUGUCGUUGCAGAUGUGCUCUGUAUCCACGUAACGCUGUAAUAGGUUUCAAGACACUCCAACUUCUUCAUCAGUUGUAUGUGAGCACUGAGCUUUUCACUGUGAGGUUUUUUAUAAGCCACCCUGCAGAUCUGGCCCUACCGUUAGGGAAAAUAAGGUUGCUGCAGCAGAUGAUGAGGGCAAUUCUCUGUGUGUGUGUCUUGCACAGCUCCCCAUAUUCCCUAAGGGAACCUGAUGUCCUUUGGCACAUUGUCCUUUUGCCACUGCAGAAAACAAGAUUCAUAUGCCAGUCCAGUCAGUUUCUGUACAAAAAAAUUUAGGAGGCGGGGGUCUGUAUCUUGUCCUUCACCUCAGGCAGCAAAAUAUUUUAGGCAGAAAACUGUGUGGUCUGUAAACCAUCUGAAGAAACGCAGAAAUAAAAAGAACAAAAAGUCUCAAAAUCUUGUGGCGUUUUAAAGACGAAGGGCUGCAUCCAAACCUAGUCCUAUUUAGAGUAGGCUCAUUGAGAUGAAUGACUGUGACUCAGGUCAUUAAUUUCAAUGGGUCUAUUUGCGUAUGACUAAUACAUUAGAUACAACCCUAACAAAUGUCUCAUGACAUAAGCUUUUGGGUGUGCUACAAGACUGUUAAAUUGUUUUUGCUGUGACAGAGUAACAAGGUUACCCCUUUGGAAAUAAAUACAAGAGCUAGUGGUAUAAAUAAGUCAAUUCUAAAGGGCUGUAAUGGUCACCGUCCGCUACAGGUUUUUUGUUUUUUUUUAAAGGUUCAAUUCAGGGUGGAUUUGAUUUAAAUCAAAUUGAUUUAAAUCACAAUUUAAAACACUAUUCAGUAAGACUUGAUUUAAUUUCCCCCCUUUUUUACAGAAAGGCAUUCCCGCUGGUAUAAUCUUAAUAUUUACAAUGAGAUGAAGGUUUCAUUUUUUGGAAUAAUAAAUUUUCAGAGUAGUUUUUACAGCUAUAUAAAAAAUUACUGAUUUGGUUAUACUAUUAGAAAUGCAUAGACAGAUAAUUAUGAAAUUAUUGUGAGGUUUAGUAAGUUAACUGUUUAUAUUUGGACAACUUUUCUGCUGUACUUUAUUGGAAGGAGAAAAAUAAUCAUUUCCUUAAUAACAAUUUAAACAAUUUAUUUAACUAAAACAAUAACAUUGUAGCAUAUGUAUCCAUGUUUGUUAACUGAUGUGGUUAAACUUUUAUAUAUAUACUUAGACUGAGUUUUAACACACAUGAAAAACUUAAAACAAAUCCUUAUUUCCUGAUAGCCUUUGGACUAUAACUUAACUUAAAUAGAAAACUAUCUUUAGAAAUACUUUUUACUCCAAAAGCAUUUUAUUUUUAAAAUCCAAUUUAAUUUUUUUAAAAAAAUCCAUUAUUUAAUUUUUUAUUUUUAACAAUCAUUGAUUUUUAUCCACCCUGGUUCAAUUGAUGGUAUAGUUCCAUGGACCCCUCCAGAAUUUUCACAUUUCAGUACCCAGCAGUGUGUUCCUAUGUCAGUGGAGCUUGCCUCUAGGUACGAGGAUUUGGAUUGCAGAAUACCCUCUUUUUUUGGACAUGUGUUUCAUUCCACUUCUGAAUAGACAUGGAAGGGAUUAAAAACCAAGAAAGAAACUUUUAGCACCUUAACAACUAACAAGUUUGUCCAUGGCAUAAGCUUUCAUAGACUUUGGUGCACUUCAAGAAAACUUGUUCCUUAAUAAAUUAAGCUGCCUAGGUGCCAAAAGACUCUGUUGUUUUCUAAUGCAGAAGACUAAUACGACUACCCCUCUGGAAAUGUAAGGACUACAUAAAGGGGAAGGGUUGCCGUUCAAUGCUAAGAGCAUCUGCUUUGCACACCAAAGGUCUCAGCUUCAGUCCCUGGCCUCUCUAGGUAAAGCUGGGAGUCACCCUCUGUCAAAAACCCUCGGAGGGGCACUGCCAGUCAGUGCGGGUAAUACAGUGCAGGUAAUGCAGUGCCUUGCUUGGUAUAGGGUAGCUUCUAGCAUGUGCCCUGUAAAUCAAGCCCACCACCACCUGAUUCUGCAGUUUUGGGGAUUUUUGAAAACAAAGCAAAAUAAAUAAAUAAAUUGCAAUAGGUUUGCAAAGUCGUUUGAUCUGGAUUCUAAAACCAAUGCAGGAAAGCACGGCACCCAUAGCAAUUUAAAAGAAUUAAAAGGUUUGCAUCUGAUUCAAUGUGCUUGCAAGUGGUACGAAAAGCGUUCUUGCGACUCGUGAUUAGGUGCAUUUGGAAGGUCUGGCACAAUGGCUGCCUCUUGCUGUUGGCCCCUUUCCCUCGCAGCCUCUUUCUCUCUCUCUCUCCCCCCACCCCCAUUUCCUUUGCUGGGUGGAGCUGCGGAAGGAAUGAGCUCACAGCUGCUAAUGUAUUCCAGAUGGAACCUCGGCUGCUCUGUUCUCAGACUUUGGCACCUUCCCAGACUCUUUCUUCCCUGCUGCCCCCUCAUGCCCCCUGUUCUUUUUACACGCUGCCAAUCUCUGCGCGCUGCGCCGCCACCGGCAGCUCCCUUGCUGCCCUGUCCCAUUUGGCUCGCCGCUAGGGGGCAGUGGUCUGGCGUGAGGUUUCAGCCAAUGCUUGCUGCAGGUAGCCACGACCGCUGCAUCUCUUCUGUGAGUUUGCUAAGCAAGGCAAAUAAAAAUGUGCUUUGUUUUUUUAAAAAUGGACAAGAUCAAGUACAAGGGGCCCUUGGCAGCGGUGCAGCAAGUCCCGUGUCAUGCAAAACAGCAAAGGACAUUGCGUUUGUGCUGAGAACGCACCGGCGCAACUGGUUGGAUCUAGCAGUGGUGGAGUUUGUCCUGGAGUCUUCAAUGGUCUGGGAAUUGGCAUAGAUUCCCUGGUGAUUGCAUGGGCAUUAAAGAGCCAGGGAGCUGGUGAGAGGGCAGAAAGGGAAGGUGCAGGGGAGGCUACUGUUGAAUGCUGUUUUCCCCUCACUAUGCUCUCUCUCUUUGCAGGAACCUGAGCCGGUUGAAGAAUGUGUCCAGAGUACGCUGGCCGCCUUGUACCCCCCCUUCGAAGCCACUGCCCCCACCCUGCUGAGCCAGGUCUUCGAGGUGCUGGAGCGGACGUACCAGCACGACGCCCUGCGCUACACCCUCGACUUCCUUGUUCCUGCCAAGCACAUCCUGGCUCGCAUCCAGAGUGAAGCCUGUGUGAGCUGCUGCAUCGGUUUGGCUCUGUUCCUCCAGAGUAUACCUCUGAGUGGGAAAUCUAGCUCAGCACAGGGGCAGUAUAAAAGCAAUCUGUUCUGAUGCUGGAAUCCCAUUACAGACCUGUAGAACCACAGCUGGUGGACUUCCCCUUCUGUGCUAGAGCUCGCUCCAAGAGUCAGGCUGAGUCUUACUAACUCCAGCAUCCCCCUUGUUCCAGACAAUAAGUUCCAAACACAUCAACCUUGUACGCCCAUUUGAGUGUUGGCAGAAUAUGGGUGGAUGGCAGUUUAGAGAAGGAGUGUACCUUUUCUUCAGCUUUAGGGUUCUUUGAAAUGUUAAGCCGUGCACUGGGCUUCUCUCUCCCCUCCGCUCCCCAUCAGUUGUGUGGAUUCCAUGAUGGUGCCAUGCAAAAGCAGGAAGUGUGUGCAUCAGGAAAAUCUCAGCUUUGGUGCAGAAACCAAGUUUUUAGCCCGUAAGAUGCUGGAGGGAUUCUUAUAAAUCCUUCGACUGGUGAAAUGCCAGCUGCCAGAGGAGGGUGGGACAGGAUUUCUCAUGAUCAGGGAGUGGCUCUUUGCCCCUCUGCGAGGUCGGCAGAAGCAAAAAUAGAUGGUGCAAAAUAAACAAAUCUGCAGUAUAUUCAUUGUCACGGGACUUAGCAUUUCUUGAUGCACAAUUUUCUUUUCUCCCAAGGCAGUGCUGCAUAUAUAAUUCUGUGCCUCUCUUUCCCACUGUUGCAGGCUCAGUAUAGUGGCUUUGUGUUCUGCCACGAGGGUUGGCCACUGUGCCUCCGUGAGAAGGUCCUAGUGCAGCUGGGCUCACUGCCCUGGCAGCACCUCUGCCCUGGCGAUUUCUACCUGCAAGUGGUGCCUCACCGGGAGUGCUCUCCGCGUCUGGUGCUGAAAUGUCUGUCCCCAGAGGGCCGUGGCGUCCAGGAGCUGCCUGUGUCCUCUGACUCCUACCCCUUCCUUUUCACCGUCGAGUGGCUCAAUGGCAUCAACAAGGAACGCCGAGCGGGGCGCCUGGAGCGUUGCCUCCUGGCUGCUGGAGAGAAGGUGCUGAGCCUGCCCUGGCCGGAACUGGUCUACCCCCAGUUUGUGCACAAAGACGGGUUCAUUGUGGGCCAGCGGUGCCCUGCAGAUUUGCCUCCUGAGGUCCUGGGGGCCAGGAGCCCUGGAGACGGGCGCCAUUCCGGCAGCGAGAACCGGGAGUCCGAGGGGGAAUACGUUCACCUCCUGGAGGUCAGCCCCACCCUGCACCAAGCCCCCAGGAUCCCACAGCCUUGUGGUACCCAAAUCCAGACAAUGCCUACUCGCAAGGGGCACAAUAAGAGCAGGAGCCGGCGCCAUCGGGCCUGGCUCCACCACAAGUCUGGCUGUGGGGAGAACUUUGCCUUGCGCCAGGCCUGUAAGACCCAGGAGGUGGAGAGGUGCAGCCGAGAAAGCAGCGCUCGGGGGGAUAGGGUUGAGCAGCAGAGAGGAAAUCCUACUCUAGUCCUGGGUUUAGCAUCAGAAGCCUCUCAGGAAGUGGCGAGCUUGAGUCCUGGACAACAAGAGCAAAACCAGAGCCCCUCUGGAACUGAGGCACGGGCUGCCAUUUUUGAUGUUGUUGUUGCUGCUGCUGCUGCUGCCACUGAGGACACAGGACAAGGGAAAGCUGAGGUGCCAGGAACUGCCCACCACGAUCCUGCUCGUUCCAAGGAGGACAGCAAUGAGAACCACUCUCCGGCUGCAGCCACACCCAAACGCACCUCUAAGGGAAACCGCAGGAAGAAAAAGGGGGCUGGGAGAGGAGGCGGUGGACGAAUUAGACAGGGGGUCGAUCCGGCUAGCAAAGAAGCAGCAGCUUCUACCGAUACAAAAGAGCCCAGGAAAGAGGAAAUUUCUGUUGGUACAAGGGAACAGGAUUCGAGGAAUGCAGAAGCUGUAAUUAGCACCCAAGAGCAAGCAGCUAGCAUCGAGGACUGUUGUGUCAGCAUCGCAGUUUGCGGCAGCACCCAGGAGAGAAGCAGCGUCCCUGGGGAUCGAAGCCUUGUCGCCGGAGAGGAGGUUGUCAGUGCCAGUGAGUUGGGUGCUGGCACUGGAGAAUGUACUGUUGACACCAGGGAGCCAGAGGGUGAUGCAGAAAAGUGCUCUCUUUCUGUCGGUGAUGGUGGCAUUGGCACCAGCGGAAGGGGCAUCGGCAGAGAAGGCCCUGGCCUUUGUGCCGAAGAUCCAGCUGCUUCUGCUGAGGCUGACGGACCUGCAGUUGACAGAGAGGAGCAGAGCAUCAGCCCCCCAGGGCAAGGGGUGGAUGGUACUGAAGGGCCUUGUAUGAGAGAACAGGGCCUCCCCAUUAGCACCGAAGAAGCGACGUUGAUCCCAUUGCCAAAGAAGAAGGAGCCAAGUGCUGAUGGGAGAGAGGAAGCCCUAAGUACUGCAACUGAUCAGGGCACAGAGGAAACACAGAAUUCCCCUCACCUUGCUGCAGUUCAUCUCGGGCAGGCUGUAGACUGGGCGCUUGUGCUGUCGGGUGUCUUUGCUCUAACAGGUGAGUGACAAAGCAAGGCUAUUUUGGGUUCAGAUAGUCAUCUUUUCAGGAUUUGAAACUGCCUUGUUCUGUCCUUCUUGUAACCCUUAGGAUGUGCAGAAAACUUUGUCCCCCUAUGCUUCGGUAUUCACAACAGUGUGGGAAUACAGUGUCGGGAUUAUAUUAAUUUUAUAAAUGGGAAAACUGAGGCUUUGGUUAGCUUAUCCACUCACACUACAAUCAAAAGCUGGUUUUAAGCCAGUUGAGGCAAUGCUGCUUUUGCAUGAGGAAGUCAUAGCUGUUGCAAAGGAUCCCACAAACUCACUGGGUAAGGGUAGACAAGCCAUCAACUUUCAGCUUUUGCCCACUCCCAUCUGUCCUAUGGGUAAAAUAAAACUGCUUUGUCUUACAGGGCUGUUGCAAAUAUUAUUGCGAUUAAAGCACCAUCUUCGUUUUAAAUGUAAUUAUGGAUUGCGAGGAUCCACCUGUUGGAUGAUGCUUGUGACAUCUCUACAGCAAUUCACAUAGAUCCCUCCUGCUUCUACCUUUUCUAUUUUAAGAAAUGGCUUUCCACUAUGGAUAGGCUUUUCCCUUUCGUUAUCAUCUUUCUCCUUUGGAGGCUAUGCACUCCCAAGUUGUUGGAGUGUCCCUGGAAUGUUUAUUCUCUCUGUCUCUCCUCUGCCCUUCUCCACCACGCAGGGAUGGGGAAGUAGUGCCAGAGAUGCUGGGUGAGGCUAGUGCUAAGAGAAAACCGUAAACAGGUACAAAAUUGGUUCAGAGCUGCCCUUAACCCAGAGGUGCAUUAAGGUGAGGAAAGGCCACCUGGGGAUGUAGAUUUUGGUUGCCAUUGAAAAUGGUGGAGUGGGAGGCAGGCAAGUCUGGCCCACAGGGCACAAUCGACCAACUGGUCCUCCUGGCUAAAAUUAGUAGGAGCUGUGCGAGAGCCCAUUAUGCAGCUUCUUUUAAUUUCAGUGGGGCAUGUGCAGAAGAAUUCUCCAGUGGAUUGUGCCCCAUAUUAACCAGAGUGCAGAACAGUGGAAGUGCUCUUUGGAUUUUUCACCUUGGGAACUUGGGAUGGGAUUCCAACACCAAGUCUGGAAUUCUGUGCGCACUGCAUGAGAGCAAAUCCCAUCAAAUGCAGUACUGCUUAACUUCCCAGUAAAUAUGCAUAGGCUUGGGAAGCAUGGAUUAGAAUGGAGGUACUCUGGCGAGUGGGAAACCCAAGGUGCCAUUGCACACUGCAGCCUGUGUCUGACUGUGCAUAAGAUCUCUGCAAAACUAGUCUCCUUGGGCUUCCCAAACCGACUGUCCUUUCGCCCACGUUUUGCCAUCUUCCUCAACAUCACAAGGUCUGAGCAAAACAAACCUCCUCACAUGCCACAUCACAGCAGUUUGCAAAAACCACUCCCUAACCCAAAGCCACAAGACACGACCCAAAAUAACACCAGAGCCUGAUCACGUUACCAGAGGCCUGUGGCUUGCAAAAUGGGAGGCAGACCUCCCUGAGGGCAGUCACUAAAGGGAAGCGUAAACAAAGGCAGGACAGAAAGGAAGGGAAAAACUGGAAUGUUACAGGGGAGGACAAAGGGAGGAGCUGCUUCAAAAAGGCAUAAUAUUAGUGGCACUCUUUAGGAUCCCUCUAUAUUUAACAAACUGGUCAUCAGAAGUAACAGUGCAUCUGAAUAUGUGAUUAAGCGCCAUUAUUUUCUUUGAAUUUGCCUCAUCCUUUUCCCUCUCCCAAUUUAGCUUUUUGGUGUGCCAGUGAGAUGAUAAGAGGGGGAUCAGAGGACUAUCCACACACAGAAAGAACAUGGGGCUUCACACUCUGUUUACCAUGCCAUCCAUAUAUGUUUAGAGCAUGUUGAAAGGAACUCUGUAUAUGCACUGCUAUACGUGCAUAAAACUUCUCCAAGCAAGGGAGAACUCUGUUUGAGGUAUUCCUAGGCCUCCUUCUGACACACUCUGAAUGAGUUGAGGGGCAGGGCAUGGCCACUUGGUACAUCAGUGGAAGUGGGCAGAGACCUCCCCCCACAUCUUUUUCCAGUGUGUGUGUGUGGUUAUUUGAACUGUCUGAAGAAUAGCCCUAUCAGAACAGAUCAGAGCAGCAAUUAGUCCCAUGUUCAGCAGCAGCCAAUCAGAUGCCUUUGAGAGCUCAAAAGCAGGGUGUGCUAGGCAAUAUCUCUCCCCACCCCAAAAAAAAUCUGUUCCCAGCAUCUGGUAUUCAGAGAUAAACUGCUCCACUAGCAUGAAGGUUCCAUUUCGCUUUCGUGGCUAAUAACCUUUGAUUGACCUGUUUCCCCCUGCAUUCAUUUAAUCCAUUUUAAGAGCCAUCUAAACUGAGGUUAGGGGGAAAUGCUGUUUCCUUUCAACUGAUGUGGUAGAGACCUUUGGGGCUGGAUCCAAAGGUUCUUGCUUCCUCUGUUGGAAAGCUUUUUCCUUCGAUAGAAGAACAUCCAUUGGCAGAAGACUCGGAGGAAGCAAAGUACAAGAACUUUGGGAUCUGAUUGCUGCCCUUUCCCACAGCACAUCAACUUAGUGAUGACAAUGUGUUCCUCUGUGCAACACCACAGUGCUUUGAAAAAGACCUGUAGGGCGGGCUUACAUUUCUAUAGGGCAGGGAUGGAGAACACUUGGCCCGCUAGGUGUUGCUGAACUACAGCUCCCAUCAGUCCCAGCGAACAUGGCCAAAGAUCUGGGAUGAUGGGAGUUGUAAUCCAGCAACAUCUGGAGGGUGGCAUGUGUUCCCCAUCUGUGCUGUAGGGCAAUAUAUCCCAGCACACAAUACAGUAGGGGAAACGGAAGAAUUUCCAUUACAAUGACAGUGUGUCACCAUCUGGGUGUGUGUUUAUAAGAACAGGUAACUUAAAGAAAAAGGUAACUCGCUUGGCAAGAUUUUCCUAAAGGAAAACAAUGAAAGGUGGGUGGGGAGUGUCUUUUAAACAGCCUUAAUUCUUUCAGUUAUGAAUGAUACAACUUUCAUAUCUGCAAAGCAAUUGCAAGUCAUAAAAGUGGAGCACUUACACUACAUCAGACCCUCCAAGUGUCCCUAUUUUCCAGGGACAGUCCCUGAUUUACAGAAGUUGUCCCAGUUUCUGAUUUGAUCCCAGAAUGUCCCACGUUUCCUUAGGAUGUUCCUAUUUUCAUCAGAGAAAUUUUGCAGGGUAUGGAGUUAUCUGACCCCUGAGCCGUCAGAAGGCAGCCCUGUACAGCGGUACCUCGGGUUACAUACGCUUCGGGUUACAUACACUUCAGGUUACAGACUCCACUAAUCCAGAAAUAUUACCUUGGGUUAAGAACUUUGCUUCAGGAUGAGAACAGAAAUCGUGCGGCGGCAGCAGGAGGCCCCAUUAGCUAAAGUGGUGCUUCAGGUUAAGAACAGUUUCAGGUUAAGAACGGACCUCCGGAACGAAUUAAGUACUUAACCCGAGGUUUUUAUAUAUGUUGGAAGUUGCCCAGAGUGGCUGGAGCAACCCAGUCAGAUAGGUGGGGUAUAAAUAGAAAAUUAUUAUUAUGGAAUAGGGCGCCCCUAUUUUCAUUGGAGAAAUGUGGCAGAGUAUGGAACAUUCAGGGUCUAGGUAUCUGGAGAUAUCCCUCCUUCCCCUCUACCCAAAAAGAACAAUGCAUACUAUGGCUUUGAUGGAUCCUUAGUUAACUUAUGGAAGCUCAUAGAAAUAAAAUUUUCUGUCCCUUCCUGUUACCUGCAGCCACCUGCCACCCUCACAAAGGCUUCAUUGAGGGCCUGUGUGUGUGCUCCCUCUUGAGAAGGGAGGAAGGAAUGGGAAAACUUUCUCUAUGUGAACUUCUUUAAGUGAAAUUAUCUUAGAAUUCAAGCUCUAUUCUUUCAUUGUUUGGGAGGGGGGCUGAGCUUCCAUUUAGGCUUUUUGGAGAGUUUUAUGUAGCUCUUCUGCGAAGGCAGGAAUUAGAAACUUUCCUUCUGUGAACUCUCUUAUUCUAACAUCUUAGGAUCUAGGCCUUUGUGGUGUGUGUUUGCUGUUAUGGAGCAAAUAAAUUAUAGGAACUGGUAGGAAAUGGAUUUUUUUUUCAAUCAGUAGGAAAUUGCUGCUUUUUUUCCAACCCCAAAAGGCAACAUAACCCUGGGAAGAUGGUGCAGUAACUAUUUUAUGGAGCAUGAGCUCAGGGGUUCUUCCUGUAAUAGUCUAUUUUUAAAAAACGUUUUGUGUUGGUUUGGUAAAUAGGCAUGGCUUGCAUAUGGCAAUGGCUAAAAUCUGCCCUCUUUAAUCUUGUAUUAUCUCUGCUUUAGCAUGCAAGCAUAGCAAACUUCUUCAUUGAUAUAGUUGCAUCUGGGCUUUCCCACACACUUAACAUGCAGCAAAAACAAGGUUUGCAACCAUCUGUAUACUUGGCAAAGUGCUGCAGCCAAGUUUGCUUCUCUGAGGGAAGCAUGUGUUUUGUCUCAUUCACAGGCUGCGUUUUGAGAUGUAUACUUAAACCUUAAGGUGUACACUUUACAACUGCAAUGUGUGAACAAUUUAAUUAUAUGGUGGGGAUUUGAGUGGCAUCUAAGCUCAGUGUGAUUUCAGAGGAGGGAACAAGGAUUAACUGUGAGUCAGGACUAAACUGGAUCAGACCCCUUGGCUGUUCCACAGCCUUAUAGCAAGUAAGGGAAGCCAGUGGCCUGUGAGCCAGAUCCAGCCCACAGAUCCUUUCUAACCAGCCCUUAGAAAGAACAUUUCACAAGCCUCAUCCCCCUUCUCCGCUCUACUUCACUGUGAUGCCUGCCAUCAUUUUGUUCAACCGGCAUCAAAAAGAUUCAGGAACCAUCAGAACUUAUGCUUCCCCAUAUCCUCAAAUGCUUGCUAAGGUCUUCAUUUAAAACUGUGCACUUUAGAGAAGUGGUUUUAAAGGCUUCUAUCCCUUGCAAUUCCCAGUGAAAAAAGUGGCUGUUAAGAAGAAAGGCUCUGUCAGAACUCACUCCAAGUUCCUGCUUGCCUUGAAGCAGUGCUUUUUUUUGCCCCUCGCCUUUCUUGACAGGUUCUUGAAGCUGCAACCCUCUCUCUCUCUCUCUUUUUUACUGUUGUUUGCUGUUUCCCAGUAGCUGAGCAGCUGGGGUUGGGUGGCAACGCAAGAAAAGGAAGUUUGGAGUCAAUGAAAUUUGGAUUUUGAGUGGCUAACCUGCUCGUUUGUUUGAAUCAGGACCGGGAGCUUUCCCAGAUUCCAGGACAAGUGUACCUCAUGUUUUUCCUCUGAUGCUCUCUCCACAGGAGGAAUGGACAGGUCAGGACGGCCCUUGCUGAUUGUGGUGCCUCAGCCUCUUCGGGAUGAGCUGCCACCAGGACAAACGGAUCUAGUCAAUACCAUGAGAUACCUGUACUCCCUUCUCAGGUAAACUUCUACCUCAAGACGCAGCUCCUCCCAAGGUGACCUGGCAGGAGAUAAAGUGUGUCGGCUUGAGUAAACAGUUGUGCUAAUAAAGAUGUAAAUAGUGUCCGAGUGAGGCUGAUUGUCAGGAUUUCUUUCCAAAGAAAAAAUAAAAUAAAUUCAUCAAGAAAGGUGGAAAAUUCAGUAAAUUCUCCUCAGCAUCGUCAUAAAAUAGCAAGCCAACAGAAACCGCUUUGGAAAGCCAUUAACAGUCAAAUUGGCUGAAAUUUGUAACUUAAAGUUGCUUUGACACAUGAUGCUAAAAAGUGCCUUUGAGGCACUGUUUGCGCCAAGUGUGUUUUCAUGAGCUAGUGUGGCAUCAUGGUUAAGGGCAUGAGCAGUGAGCUGGAAAAAAACCCCUCAGUUCAUAUCUUGCCAUGAAUUCAUUUCAUGGCUUUAAGCCAGGGAUGGGGAACCUGUGGCCUUCCUGUUGCUCUUUGACUCCUGACUCCUGUCAGCCCCAGCUUGCAUUCAGAGGACCUCAGAUUCCUCACCCCAGCCACUAGAACCCACCGCCCUCUCUUCAUCUGUGGAGAUAAUAAUGCAGGCCUACCUUAUAAGGGCCAGUAAACUGUGCUGAUAUAAUGUAUGUGGAGUGCUUUGAACACCAUGAUGUUAAUUAGUACCAUUCAGUGCACAGUUGCUGUCAGUUCUCUACUUCUUAAUUUGGAAUUGUUAACAACAAAGAAUUUCCUCCUGUGCCUUGUGUGUACUAAUGAUAGUACACAGAAGUAUAUACAUAUAUACACAGAAAUUUCUUCAGUUUUCUCAUCUGUACAACUGUGGCCUAGAGUGGGGUUAUUGUGAGGAUAAUAUAAGCCUUAUGCUUCCAUGAAGCCCUUCACAAGUGAAAUACGCUGACCAGCUUUUGUACACUGACUUUGCUGGCCCUUUGAUGACUUUGCAGCUCCGUUUCUCCCUUUUCUCUCCACAAUUGUUCCAGGCAAGAGCUGAAGGCCCGUGGGUUGACACUAUUGUUGGACCUGAGCCAGGUGGAUGACUGGGCGCUCCAGGCCCCUGUGCUGCUGCCGGCCAUUAGGACAUUCCAGGUAUCUUCCUGACUCGACUGUAGGAGCUCUGUAUCUGUGUCCUCGUGUUUUCUGCUCCUGUUUUUCAGUAGGCAGGCUGUGGGUUUUACUGAUGCAGCAAUAAUUUAUUAUGGCAAUAUCUUCAGAAUGCAAAAGGCGGGCGGAGAGAAGGUGCUCACUGUCACAGCCUUCCAUAUUUAGGAUAGGUAUGUAUAAUGGCAUAAUAACAGUAAUGAUCAUGGCGAUGAUUACGAUUACAUAAUGAAAAGUGAUCACCAACUCUUCUGCCCUGGACAUCAAAAUGGUACAGUGGUACCUCAGGUUACAUACGCUUCAGGUUACAUACGCUUCAGGUUACAGACUCUGCUAACCCAGAAAUAUUGCUUCAGGUUAAGAACUUUGUUUCAGGAUGAGAACAGAAAUCGUGCUCUGGCGGUGCGGCAGCAGCAGGAGGCCCCAUUAGCUAAAGUGGUGCUUCAGGUUAAGAACAGUUUCAGGUUAAGAACGGACCUCCGGAACGAAUUAAGUACUUAACCCGAGGUACCACUGUACUGGAUUAAAACAACAACAAAGCUUUCCACCCGUUUGAGAAUAUAUUAAUUUAUUAAUUAAAUUUCUAUCCCACCCAGAGGAGGGAUGGGGUAGCAAUACGGUAAAGCUUUGGCUUUUCCAUUUCGUUGUCUGAGAGCCAUUACUAAGAAGCCCCUUCUGUGACCCCUUGUUGCCUCUUGCAUACCACAGAACAUUGCAGCUCUUGUGGCUAUGCCCUAUGUCCAAGGUCCCCUCCUCUUCCCCAAUCCACAACUUUUUCUCCCUCUGCCUAUAUUUUAGAACCACCUUCCAUCUUUUCUUCCUGCUCUAUGAAAGCCUUAUGCAAAUAUGCCUCCAUAAAGCAAAAUCCUUUAUCUUUUUAGGAGAGUUCUCCAGCCCCCAUCCGUCAGCUGCUAGUGAUAUUGCCACCUGAUGACCGUUUUGUACCCCAUGAAGAGGAGCUGGCUUUGGAACCUGCUGCGGUAAAUUCUCCUAUUUAUUAUUGUUUAUAUACCACUUUUUCCUCCAAGAUGCUCAAGGUAGUGUACAUAGCCCCCUCUCUUCCCAUUUUACCAUCACAACAACCCUGAGAGACUGUGACUGGCCCAAGGUCACCCAGUGAACUUCAUGGCUAAGGGGGGAAGGUCACUUAUUGACUGCAUUUCUGAAUCACCUUUCUUCCUAAGGGAUCCCAGUGCAAUGCACAAUAAAAAAGUACUUCCAAUAAAUAAAGCAUAACAGAUAGCCAAAUAUGAUUUAAAAAUAUCAGAACCAUUAAAACACAAAAAACCUUACCUGUAGUUGUUAGGUAUUGAAGCAACUUUACUGGUUUUGUAAGCAUCUUCGACUAGUGCCUCAAUGUAUAAAGGAAGGAGGAAAAAUGUACCACCAAAUGGAGAGCAUUCUAGUGUUGGGGUGUCACCACAGAGAAGGCCCUGUUGCAUGCCCCUGUACCAGGAAUGCUCAUGGGAACAAUGAGUAGAGCCUCUCCUGCCCCACCCGAACCCUGUGAUCUUCAAGAACAAGUUGGAUGUUACUGGAUUUGAAUCCAGGCCUCCUAUGCCCCAGCCAGCACUCUAUAUGCAGAAUAAAAAUAGUGGAAUAUAAACAUGACAAAAUACAGUGGUGCCUCGCAAGACGAAAUUAAUUCGUUCCGCAAGUCUCUUCGUCUUGCGAGUUUUUCGUCUUGCGAUGCACGGUUUCCCAUAGGAAUGCAUUGAAAAUCAAUUAAUGCGUUCCUAGGAAACCGCCUUCAGACCAGGUCCGGGGACAGUCUGUCCCCGGACCUCUUCUGAAGGCUGGGGGCAAGGGCUUUUCUUCCACCCCCAGCAUUUUAAAACCCCGGGACAGCGGAGGACUUCUCCGCUGUCCGGGCGAUCUUAAAAUGCUGGCGGGCGGCAUUUAAAAUCACCCCGGGACAGCGGAGGACUUCUCCGCUGUCCGGGGCAACUUAAAGCCCCUGGGAAGGCAGGCAGGGGACAAAGACUUUGCCCCCGCCAGCCUUCAGAAGAGGUCCUGGACCUCUUCUGAAGGCGGGCGAGGCGAAGUCUUGCUCCCCGCCUUCAAAAGCCCUCCGGGACAGGCAGGCAGGGGAGCAAGGACUUCGCCCCCGCCCGCCUUCAGAAGGUCUUCCUCCCCCGCCCGGCUCGGAGCACCGUUCCGAAGCCGGGCAGAGGCGGAGGUCUUCCUCCCCACCGCCCGGCCUGGAGCACCGUUCCGAGCCGGGCAGAGGCGGGAGGUCUUCCCUCCCCACCGCCCGGCCGGAGCACCGUUCCGGGCCGGGCGGCGGCGGAGUGUUCCCUCCCCCGCCCGGCCGGAGCACCGUCCGGGCCGGGCGGCGGCGGCAGGUGUUCCCUCCCCCGCCCGGCCGGAGCACCGUUCCGGAGCCGGGCGGCGGCGGCAGGUGUUCCCUCCCCCGCCCGGCUCGGAGCACCGUUCCGAGGCCGGGCGGCGGGGAGGUCUUCCCUCCCCGCCCGGCUCGGAGCACCGCUCCGAGCCGGGCAGAGGCGGAGGUCUUCCUCCCCACCGCCCGGCCUGGAGCACCGCUCCGGGCCGGGCGGCGGCGGCAGGUGUUCCUCCCCCGCCCGGCUCGGAGCACCGUCCCGAGCCGGGCGGCGGCGGCAGGUGUUCCCUCCCCCGCCCGGCUCGGAGCACCGUUCCGAGGCCGGGCGGCGGGGGAGGUCUUCCCUCCCCACCGCCCGGCUCGGAGCACCGCUCCGAGGCCGGGCAGAGGCGGGAGGUCUUCCCUCCCCCGCCCGGCUCGGAGCACCGCUCCGGGCCGGGCGGCGGCGGCAGGUGUUCCCCCCCCCCCGCCCGGCUUCGGAGGAGCCUCCGAGCCCGGCGGCGGCGGGAGGAGGUGUCCCCGCCCGCCGCCAGGCUUCGGAGGAGGUCCGAGGACAGUGGGGAAGACGCGCUGCGCUUCCCGCUGUCCCUGAGAUUUCCUAUGGGCUGUCGUCUUGCGAAGCAAGCCCAUAGGAAAUUGCUUUACGAGCGCCUCAAAACGGAAAACCCUUUCGUCUAGCGGGUUUUCCGUCUUGCGAGGCGUUCGUCUUGCGGGGUACCACUGUACUGCAGAGAGAACACUGAAAGAAACAACAUAAUUUGUACUUUGUUGUACAGAACUGUACUUGAAGGUGUGUGUGUGUGUGUGUGUGUGUGAUAAUUAUAAAUAGCUAAGGAUUGCCCCUCUCCUCUCUAAUGUCAGUUUGGGCCUAACUUGGACCUAGGGUUCACGACUGGAGCAGAAGAUGGGUGGUGAAGGGAUUGGGAUUAGGCACUGAUGCAAGGAGGUGGGUUUGCCUCUGACCUAAUAGACUCCUUUGCCCACAGGAGGUCAGAGUUCUCUCUCUCCCUGAACUGCCACAUUAUGUGGCUUUGGACCAGCUGACCCCGACACUAGGAGGGACCCUGAACUACUCAGCACGCAAAUGGGUUGAGGAACACCAGGUAAGAAAGAUUAACAAGGAAAUGGACCUUGUGCGCCUCUGUACAUGGUUCAUCCAUGGAACCAAGGCAGCCUCCUUGCAGCCCUGCACAGAAUCCCCCUGCCUUUCCUUCCUAGUGGUACAGUGGUACCCCGCAAGACGAACGCCUCGCAAGACGGAAAACCCGCUAGACGAAAGGGUUUUCCGUUUUGGAGGCGCUCGCAAACGAAUUUCCUAUGGGCUUGCUUCGUAUGCCUACAGCCCAUAGGGAAAUCUCAGGGCCAGCGGGGAAGCGCAGCGCGUCUUCCCACUGUCCUCGGACCUCCUCCGAAGCCUGGCGGCGGGGCGGGGACACCUCCGCCCGCCGCCGCCGGGCUUCGGAAGGCUCCUCCGAGCCGGGCGGGGGGGAGGGAACACCUGCCGCCGCCGCCCGGCUUCGGAACGGUGCUCCGAAGCCGGGCGGGGGGAGGGAAGACCUCCGCUCUGCCCGGCUUCGGAACGGUGCUCCGGCCGGGCGGUGGGAGGGAAGACCUCCGCCGCCCGGCUUCGGAACGGUGCUCCGACGCCGCGCGGGGGGGAGGCAACACCUGCCGCCGCCGCCCGGCUUCGGAACGGUGCUCCCCCCCCGGGCGGUGGGGUGGGACCACCUCCCGCCGCCGCCCGGCUUCGGAACGGUGCUCCGAAGCCGGGCGGUGGGGAGGGAAGACCUCCGCCUCUGCCCGGCUUCGGAACGGUGCUCCGAGCCGGGCGGGGGAGGGAAGACCUCGCCGCCGCCCGGCUCGGAACGGUGCUCCGGCCGGGCGGGGGAGGGAACACCUGCCGCCGCCGCCCGGCUACGGAACGGUGCUCCGGGCCGGGCGGGGGGAGGGAACACCUGCCGCCGCCGCCCGGCUUCGGAACGGUGCCCGGCCGGGCGGGGGGAGGGAACACCUGCCGCCGCCGCCCGGCUUCGGAACGGUGCCCGGGCCGGGCGGUGGGAGGGAAGACCUCCGCCGCUGCCCGGCUUCGGAACGGUGCUCCGGCCGGGCGGUGGGAGGGAAGACCUCCCGCCGCUGCCCGGCUUCGGAACGGUGCUCCGGCCGGGCGGGGGGAGGGAAGACCUUCUGAAGGCGGGCGGGGGCGAAAGUCCUUGCUCCCCUGCCUGCCUGUCCCGGAGGGCUUUGAAGGCGGGGAGCAAGACUUCGCCCUGCCCGCCUUCAGAAGAGGUCCAGGACCUCUUCUGAAGGCUGGCGGGGGCAAAGUCUUUGUCCCCCUGCCUGCCUUCCCAGGGGCUUUAAUUGCCCCGGACAGCGGAGAAGUCCUCCGCUGUCCCGGGUGAUUUUAAAAUGCCGCCCGCCAGCAUUUUAAGAUCGCCCGGACAGCGGAGAAGUCCUCCGCUGUCCCGGGGUUUUAAAAUGCUGGGGGUGGGAAGAAAAGCCCUUGCCUCCCCAGCCUUCAGAAGAGGUCCGGGGACAGACUGUCCCCGGACCUGGUCUGAAGGCGGCUUCCCUAGGAACGCAUUAAUUGAUUUUCAAUGCAUUCCUAUGGGAAACCGUGCAUCGCAAGACGAAAAACUCGCAAGACGAAGAGACUUGCGGAACGAAUUAAUUUCGUCUUGCGAGGCACCACUGUAUAUGGUUAAUGUCAUAGGCGCCGGCUCGCUGGGUGCCACAGCACCCACAAAAUUUCCCAUGAAGGAGCUGGGCACCCACAAAUUUUGGCACCGUGUCCACAGGUAGCCUUUUUCUUACUGGCUUUCAGCAUAUCCUUGAACCUUCUCACCCCACUCCAGCUGCAUCCAGACUCUGUGUUAACUUGGGCCUCGUGUGGGCCCACAGACCACUAGCCACAAAUGACAACGGGCCACUGUGACUCCUCCUUCUCUCACAAGGCAUUUUCUCUGGGUGACCUUCCUGUAUAUUCCAGCUCGGCACUUCUGUGGUACUUAUCUUCCUCUGCCCCACCUCUUCUCUCUGCACAGGCUCUUGAGCAACUGCAGUCACUCUGUCGUAGUGUCCUACAGGCUGUGUGCGAGGCGAGUGCCCACCUUGAAGCAGUGGGAACAGCGUCAAGUCAAGAGGUAAACUCAUGUGGUGGUUCUCCAGAGACUAUGAGGGUGCAGGAACAUAGCAAGUAAUUGGUUUGUUUUUGUGAUGUGUGAUACUUCUGUUUAUGGACUUGUACGUUUCUCUGGUUCACUUGUGGUUCUAUAGUUGUUACGUCUUAUAGUCUUGAAUAAGAUACGGACAUAUCAGAAGUAAGCCCGAUUGAGUACAGUGGGGCUUACUCCCAGGUAAGUGUGCAUAGGAAUGCAACCUUACCUACUGUGAAAGCAUCAGCUUAACCAUUCUGCUGGGGACACUAAGCUGGGACUGAACUUUGGUUCGGUUGGCCUCAGGCCUGCAUGUAAUUCACGUAUUCUGCAUUAGUCCUAGAAAGAAUCAUAUAGCGUGGAGAAACUCCAGCUUGGCAUGUUAAAAAAGACUGGAAUCUUUUUGCAGAUACUCCCUUGUGUACUGUUACAGUAAUAAAGGUGAAAAAAUUAAGACAGUGACUAAAUAAACCUACAUCUCGGUUGUACCACUUCAGAGUGCAGGCUGCUUAGUUUUCUGUGGAGGGUUGGGGUAAUUGACCAAGUUUUCUAGUGGUCAGGAAGUGAGGUUUCACCACUUUGUGUAUCUCUUUGCUCUUCCCUUUGAUGAGCAGCGGUUGUAAAAAUUAUUCAGAGUAAGGUGGAUAUCAACAAAUUUGCUUGAUUAUUUGGCCAUUGUAGAAUCCAGGGUUUUUGCUGCAGUAUUUGGGUUACUGAGGAUCUGAAUGGGGUCCCCACCCCGUUUUUAAAGCACAGAAUGUGCAUGACUUUAGUGAUUUCCCCCCCAGUACAGUCAAACCUCAGUUGUCAAACGCAAUCCGUUCUGGAAGCCUGUUUGGCUUCCGAAAUGUUUGACAACUGAGGCGCGACUUCCGAUUGGUUGCAGGAGCUUCCUGCACUUAGUGGAAGCUGCGUCGGACGUCCAGUUUCCGAAAAACUUUUGAAAACCAGAACAUUUACUUCCAGGUUUUCUGCAUUUGGAAGCCGAAACAUUCCAAAAUGGAGGUGUUCGGGAUCCGAGGUUUGACUGUAUCUCUAACUGCUCCGUAAACAAAUCAGCAUGAAUGCUCAAUAAAGACUGGAUACAAUCUAACCUCUGUAUGAGCUUGGUGCAAACAUAUCAGGAUGAAUUCUGAAUAAAUAUGUUGUGUGGAGUCAGGACUGGUUGUGUUGCUGUGCUGUUUUGUUCUAUGCUAGUUAUUAUGAUAGUCAUGUCAGCGCUGGUAUGCAGCAUUACCACGUUGCCAUAGUUUCUUUUCUGUCGUUGAAGUCAGAAUUCCCAUUCCACUAUCCCCCAACCCAUUCCUUUUGCCUUGUCCUAACUGCUAGGAUCUCACCCCUGUAGGAACUGUCGGCCCAGAUCACCUUGCACCAAGAGACCAUGCAGAAGCUCCUCUCAGAGCCGCGCCUGCUGGAACUCCAGCGCCGUGGGGGGGCCUUGCUGGCACGGCUGCCCCCCCUGGGGCCCUGCAGGUGAGGAUCAGGACUGCAGGGCAUCAUAGCAGAAAGUUCCCUUUGUCCCCUGUUCCCAUUUGUUCUGUAGCAGAGUUAUGUAAAAUAACAACAGCACUUGGGGAUAGCUUUUAAAGCUAUUGUAUAAUACACUUCACUGCUGUUCAAUUAACCUUCCUGCGUGUUGGAGUAAUCCUGCAGUUAUGUGCUUACGUAUCUGGAGGGGAUGCUUAAUUGGUGUGUGAGUGGGUGGCAGGGAAGGUAGUUUAGCAGCUUGAUUUCCAUUGCCUCUGUGUGUGUAUGUGUAAAAUCAAUAUUGUGUGAUCUGCACCAUCAGAACCAGCAAGACAUAGCUGAUUUCCCAUUGUAAGCAUGAAGUUGUUCUAGGCUCUCUCUCUAACUUUAUGUUAUAAUGCGCGAUGGCAUCUGUUUUGCACUAUAACACCCCACCCUCCAUGGCAGCCAUUUUGUGACUGGUGUCCCCCAGCACUCCCUCAACAUUUGAAAUGUGCCCACUGGGUCAAAAACAGCCCCUGAUAUAUGUAAUGUGUAGCUUGUUCCUAAGAUCUCUGAAACACAAGGUGGGGGUGGGAAGGCAGCAACAUUUCAGCUGAUCUGGAGCAGUAAAAAGACUUGCAGCGGUAUGCAGCCGGCCUGCGAGGGCUAAUUCCUGUCCCUUGUGAAGAAUUUUCAACAGAUUUUUAUCCAAAUUUUCCUCGAACCCUCUUUUUGUACACAUUGGCAUCUCCCAUUUAAGUAGAGAGACCCUUCUGUUACAUAAAGCAAAAUAGCCGAGGAGGGGAUUGUUCCCUAGAAUGGCCGUAAGUGGGUCACGUUCAGUUAGCCUUCACUGGCGUUAACCUGGCCCACACCAGUUUUUCCUUCCUCGCUUCGCUUCAUGCAGCAGCUUCAUACCGCAAGGCUCAGAGUAACUGUGUGUGUCCUUUCCCCCUGUAGUACAGAGGCUGUGGCUGCCACCAGGCUCUACCAAGAGGUGGAUGAGGCCCUUCAUGGUCUGGUCCAGCUCAGCAACCGGCGCCUGGAGGUGCUGCAACAGGAACGGGAAAACACACAGGUAAUUCCUAAAGUCCCUUAUUAUGUGUUUGUGGGGAAAGCUGCAGCCUUCGGGGCUUUGGCAGAGCUGGUACCAGCGAAGAGAAGUUUCCCUUCUUUCUCUUGGUGUUUGGCAAUUGAGCUGAAGGAGCCUUAAAGACAUCACUGGGACUACAACUCCUGAUAUCCCUAACCAUUGGCCAAGUUGGGCCUUACCUCUGAAGCUCAUUAUUACUGUUCCUAGAACUGAACUAUAAAAAUCAAGCUGGAGGAAUUCUGCAGAGGACGUUUGUGAGAGAUGCUAAAACUUUUUUUUUUUAAAAGGACAAUGCACCUACAAACAGUCAAGCCUGAAGCAUGAGUCUUGAUUCUGCUGGGAAUUGUUGAAAGGGAUGAGAGGAGCUUCACAGAUCAUUGCUUUAUAGGGCUCAGUUUUCCUCAGGCAGGUGAUGAAAGAAGGGGAUAAAUGUAGGCACCAUGUCUGAAGGGGCUCUGAGGAGGCAUUAUGGCGAAAGAAAUGCAGGGGUUGCAUAAACAGGAUAGGUAUACUAACUGUGGAAGUGGUAGAGGUGUGGCGAGACUAUAGAGAUGCUGUGAUGAUAAAAUCUCAUGUUCAGAAUUUCACCUCUCUUUGUGCAGAAGCUAAGGACUUUGGGCCUUUGAAGUGGCAACCAGGGCCAGCUCUAGAGGGUGGCAGGAUUGACCCACUGAUAGUAUUUCCACUUUGCACAGAUCCAAGAAGAUCAGAUGCAGCUGGAGAGAUUUCUGAGCUUGUUUGCCCUGCCACCUCCACAUUUUGCGGGCGUGGAAUGGGACUGCAAUGGUCAGGAGCUCUCAAAUAUCUUAAAUUACAGUGGAAUUUGUACACUGGCUAUAUAAGAAACAGUGAGGUCAACAGAGAUCAGCCUCCUGGGAUUGGCCAAGCUUUUGCUACUUCUCUCUUUCUCUCCCGCUUCUACACAGGUUCAGGAACAAGCUCUGGAAAACAAGGCCCAUCUUGAAUCUACCGGCAACUGUGUAGAAGAGAAGAGGGAAGCAAAGAGGCCUGUCGAAGGGUUGGCUGAGGGGGCAUCACUGGAGAGGACACUGCUGCAGAGCCCCAAGUCCCCAGGGAGGAUGCAGCUCGUGCCAGAAGCUGGCUGUGCCCCACGGCCCCGGGCCUGCAGCAUCAGUGCCUCCUCCUCACCCAAGCACGGCUGGGGCCUGGGGUCCAGAUUUGGCUCCUCUUGCAGCCUGACCUCCCUCUUCCAGCCGCACCCCAGCCCCAAGGCCUCCCCUUGCUGUUCUCCCACUCGAAGCGGCGUCCUGGAGAGUGGCAAGAAGAGGCAGGGCCUUCCCAGCAGCCCCAAAUCAUCUCUGUCCCCCGUCUCCCAGCUGGCUUUGCGGGCCUUGAGUGACCCUGGCCGCCCCAGCGUGCACAUCCGCGGCCUGGAGGUGAGCAGCCGCGAGCUGGCAGAUAGGAGCUGUUCUCCCCGUGAGCAUGUGCUGCUGAGCCGUAGCGGGACCCACGUUGCAGAAGCACCUUGGGGGGCCACACCUCGCACGGAAAGAAGGCGCUGCCUUGGGUGAGUAGUGGAGGGUACAUGCGGGAGGUUUUCCAUCCACGGUCUUUGUGCUACCCCAGGGGUAUGAGUGGGGCUGAGAAGAUAGUAGUCUGAACCUGUCAAACUUAGAUUUGCAACCAGGCCCAGCUCAAGAAAAUCUAAAUGACACCCUGACCCUCUUUUCCCAUGAAUUAAUGUGUAGUAUGGUCAAACUUUUCUUCGUAAGUGUAUUAAAAUGCACAGAGAAGCUGCUUGUGCGCUAGGCCUCAUGUGUCUGCCAUUUGAUCUGCCAUCUUCUCCCUAGGAAGGCUAGCCUGGUGCUAUCAUUAUAUAUCUUUAGGUGCCAGGCAAAAGCUUUUCUCUUGAACCAGGCCUUUGGCCUCCAUCUUUCUGUGGCCUCUUAGGAGUGGGUGGGGUGUUUUUAAUGCAUUUUAAUGUAGUAUUUUAAUGGGGAUUUUAAAAAUGUAUCUAUGUGGAUGUUUGUUUGUUUGUUUUGGUUGUAAGUUGCUUUGAGAUCCCUUUGGCAAAGAAAAAGCGACAAAUAAAUUUAAUAAAAUAACAGCAACAACACUAGCCAAUCUGCUAGCACUAUAUCAUCAGCUGUAUUGCACCACCAACACCCCACAAACAUUGUUCACUUCACAGGACCCACCCACCCUAUAUUGUUCAGGGAGGGCUGAGUAGCUUGGUACUGGUAUUGUGUUUUAUUUUGUGUGCAUGUUUGUGUAUAUGUAGAAAUAUAUGUGUGUACUUUUCAUCAUUUCUCGGCACAUAGUGUUUGGUAAAUAACUGGUGUUUGUGUGUGUGUGUGUGUGUGUGUGUGUGUGUGUGUGUGUAUCACACACACUGCUUAUUUACCAAAGACUCUAGCGGUGUAUGUAAGAAUGAUAAAAAGCAUACAAUGGAUAAGAUCCAUUUAACUCAAUCCUAGUAGACAUAGGCCUUGUAUCAGAGCCAUGGGGAGGGGUGUGUGAUUCUUUUCCAACCUCCCCCUUUCUUCGCAGGGUCCAACAGCAACUUCUGGCUGAGCUGCUGGAGUGUGAGCGGGAGUAUCUGACCGCCCUUGCCCAGCCCCUCUCUCUGUCCCAAGAACCUGGGGGACAGGCCUGGCCGGCCGAACUGAGGUGCUUGGGCAGUGCUCUCCGGACCCUGCGGGACCAGUUGCUGGCUUUCCAUACCAACUACUUCCUUGGCGAGUUGGAGGGGUGCAUGAACCACCCGUCACGUGCUGGGGGCUGCUUCCUGCGACAUGUGAGUGCCCCCCCAACUAAUAUCAUUUUGUUCUUGCAUACUGGUGUUGUUCCCUUACAGAAAAAUCCUUCUUCCCUUUGUGCCUGCUGCAGAAGGUCUGCUUCUUUUGAUAAAUGAAAACAACCUUAAAAACCAAACUAGCUCUGCUCCUGUUUUUUUUAACCAUUCUGGCACAUAGGAAUGUAGCAGCUGAAGCCUUUCCUGGCACAGAGAUAAAAUGAUGGGGAAUUUAAUUGCCCAAUUAAUGCCUAUUGGACCUCUGUUGAAAGAAGCAACAACAGGGCCAGUGGAAAAGAAGGAGAGAUAACAAUCCUGUCCUUUGAGCUCGCCUCUGGGGCAUAUUUUCCCAUUAAAGGAAAUGGGGGUGGGUUGGGGAAGAGAAGGAAUAAUCCCCCUCACAUGAGCUAGAUUUCACAUUGUUUCAUUGCAGCAGCCUGAUGUCUGGCCUCCUGCUCAGUUGGAUGAAUGAGGGAUUUCUCUCUCUCUCUCUUUUCUUCUGUAGAGAGAGAAGCUUCAGCUUUAUGCCACGUACGCCAAAGAGCACCAUAAGUUCCAGGCUGCCCUGGCUUUGCUUCGAACCACCAGCAAGGUAAGAUCUGUGGCCGCAGGGGACCGAGUUUUAACUUUGACCUUUGUGUGGGUGGGUUGCUGAUAGAAUAGCUUUCUCUUAUAAUAGAUUCUUUCAACCCACUUCUUGGAAAUCCUUCCAUGGCACUAAUCUUUAGCGGAAGUUUGAUGUUCAACUAGUCAGCCAUCUGAUUUGUGAGGAGCUUGGCCUCUGUAUGUGGGUGUUUUGAAAACUUUGUGCACCUUUCAGUCUCUCUCUGACUCUGGGUGAGACAGUUGUCAAGGCUGGAGUCAGAUGCAGGUCAGAGCAAAGAGACAGAGUCAGCUGUCAGUGAAAUUAACUCUUUGUCAAGGAAAUUGCAUACAACUCAGCAACACUUCCCCACAGGUCUUGCCCCUAUAGAGCAGUUGCCAGGACUGAAGAUCCCAGUGUUCCACCCCCUCCUAGGGCUCCUCCUCUCCCAGAUGUUUCCCAAGCAGUCUCAAAAUGUGUCUGCGCACCUCUGGUCUCUGUUGUGCCCUCAUCAUUAUCCUGCGAGUUUUUGGAGAUGAGUGGGGAGGGAAGUUUGUCGCAGCUGGAGAGGGAGACUCCUGGGAUGCUUCAGCCUUGGAGUCUGAACUGCUCCUGUCACAGGUUCCUCCUGUUCACUAAACCCUGUUGCCCCUUCAGCAUCCAGCCUCUCUUCCCAAGCGUCCCCCUCUGACCUUUCCUCAGCGUCCCACCACCAGCUCCCAGGCUUUGAGCCUUCCUCCUCUGGGAUCUACCCUGGGGGCUCCCUGCCUGGUGCCUCCCACCACCCCUCAUUGUCCAGGAGUCCAGGGUAUUGUGGCAGGUGGGUGAAGGAAGGGCAAGAGAUUGAGUGCCUUGAGUUCCAUCACUUCUGCAGAUGAUCUUGUUGCCCUGCUCCCAGCUCAGCUGCCUUUUCUUUCCCCUUCCUCCGUGCAGAAGAGCCUGGCAGAGCUGCGUGAGGACGGGCAAACGGCGCACACGUUGCGUGUGCCCCUGGAGCAGCUGGAGCGGUACCGGCGCUUCCUGGGUGAGCUGCUGCGCGAAUGUGAGCUGGAGCGGGGGCCUGACCGCCAAGCCCUGCAGGAGGCCCAGCAGCUGCUGGAGGCCCAGGAGCAGCGAGGCAGGGACCUGCUGGCCGCAGAGCAGAUCCGGGGCUGCGAGGUGAGCGCAUGGGCGCUCCCCUGGCAUGCAGCGCUGCAUCCUCCCUGCUGCUUCCCUGUGCAUGCACUGCUCCCUCCCCUACUGCCUGUCCCUCACUCAAACCAGGUAUCCCCGUCUUCUGGUGCUUGCCCAUGGCCAGGUUUUGCCCUUGCUGCACUCUGGGAUCUCUGUGCAGGACACUGAGUGGGAACACACACGAGGAAACUGGACAAGUGACACUUUUGACCACUUCUGCGAUUGGGGCGGUUGGCGGGGGGUGGGGGGAGAGUCCUCAGCCAGAUGACCCUGAUCAGGCCUCCUGUUUCCUUGCAGAUGAAACUAUCGGAACAAGGGCCGCUGCUGCAGCGUGGCGAGCUCACCGUGGUGUGUGGGCGUCGUAAGUGCCAGCGGCAUGUCUUCCUCUUUGAGCGGCUGCUGCUCUUCACCAAGUGCAAGGGACCCGAGGGCGGCUACGUCUGCAAACAGGCCUUGCAGGUGCGCAAGUGUGUCUACGAUGGAGAGCUCCUUUCCUUGAGUCGUGAGCUGCAUGGUUUGGGAAGGAGGGCACUGACACACAAGACAGGCUCCUGCGGCAUAAACGGAUGGAAUAAUGGUUACUUGGAAUGGAAUUGUUGGACCUGUUUGGUGGAAUAUACAUCCCCACCCCUGAUUUGCAUAGGGCACAAAGCGGGAAGGAACUGCCAGUGCAACAAUGAAUGGGAUUAAAAUUCAAGAAAGCUAAAUUUAACAAAGACAGGUGUUCGGCAUUACAUAAUACACCAAGAACAAGCCUGGAUUAUUAACCAUGGUUUGUCUGAAGCAAGACAAGCCAGAAGCUUGGGUUCAGACAACAUGCUAAGCCUAACCAUUGCUUAGCUCACAGCAGUGCAGCGGGACUAGAGGAGGAGCACAGCAGUAGCUGUUUCCCUUCUGGAAACCCAUACGCUGCUAUUAUUAUUAUUAUUAUUAUUAUUAUUAUUAUUAUUAUUAUGCUAUUAUUAUCACUACUACUACUUCUGCUUUAUUUAUAUGCCAGCCAUCUGACUGGGUUGCCCCAGUCACUGUGGGUAGCUUCCAACAAAUUAUAAAACCACAGUAAAACAUUAUUAAAAGCUUCCCUAUACUGGGCUGCUUUUGGGUGUCUUCUAAAAGUCAGAUAGUUGAUUAUUUCCUUGACAUCUGACAGGAGGGCAUUCCACAGGGUGAGCACAACCACUCUCUGUACUCAGAAAGUCACGGUUUGGCUUAAUGUUAUGUCUGAACCAGGUCAGUCUUGAACAUAGACUUCCUACUUCUUGUUGCAGGUGGCCCUAUCCUAACUUUUCAUUAUCCUCCCUCUUUUUCUUCCACAGACAGCAUCCAUGGGGCUGACAGAGAGUGUGGGGCCUAGUGGGCUACGCUUUGAGCUAUGGUUUGGACGUGGAACAGGCCGACAGGCCUACACACUGCAGGCAGCCUCUGCUGAAGUGAAGCAUCAAUGGACAAAUGUUAUAGCCCAACUGCUAUGGAGACAAGGUAUGUGGCUACCUAAGAGAUUGUCCCAGCAGGAAGAGAAUUGUAUCAGGGCAAUGUUUGUGCAGAAGUUACUUCACUUUAACAAGUUCUUAAUCUUCUUCCUCACUUUCUUCCUCUCUCAGUGAAAAUAGUUAAAGGGCCAAGAGCACAGACUGCUCUCCAAAGAGGAAUGGUUAUUUAUUUUAUUAUGAAAUGUUGUCUGCCUUCCUGUAGUUAGAAUGAUGAGAGUAGUUUACAAUAAAAAGGGGUUAAAACACAUUACAUUCUCAACAUCUAAAUAAGCUAAAGGCAAGAAAUGUAGCAAUAUAGCACAAAAUAAAACAGUCCAGCAAGAAUUAACAGCACUAGACGUCUGGGGAAAUAAAAAGGUCUCUGCAUGCUGCCAGAAUGACACUGGCAUGAGCAGCAGAAAAGCUUGUCUGGGGUGGGAAUUUCAAUACCAAGGAUGCCACCACUGAAAAAGCUCUUUCCCUGACAGCCACUUAGAAUCAUAGAAUCAUAGAAUCAUAGAGUUGGAAGAGACCACAAGGGCCAUCGAGUCCAACCCCCUGCCAAGCAGAAAACACCAUCAGAGCACUCCUGACAUAUGGUUGUCAAGCCUCUGCUUAAAGACCUCCAAAGAAGGAGGUCUUCAAAUGGUUCCCCUUAUCCAGACUUGCUGUGCCUCAGAUGGCAGGGGAGCCCUUAGAAGAGUCUCUGGUGGAGAUCUCGGUGUUAGAUGGACACAUGUAGACAGAUGGUCUCGUGGGCACUUCAGUUAAUAUUCCUGAGCAAACUAGGGAGAAGUGGAGAAGGGUCCUGCCCAGGUAUCAGAGUAGGGCCUGCCCCACUCCUCUGAGGUGCUUCUCUCAUUUACUGUAAUGAAGAUCUGUUUUCUGUAUGAAAAGGAAAGAAAGGAUCAUUGAUGGCUGGUGGAUUGUGCCACUAAUUCCCUGGGCUGGUUAUCAGGCGGCAGACAGGUGGGUGUGGGCAGGCUGAGAUUCAUGGUGCAGUGCCCCACUUGCGAUAAUGAGCCAGCCUCCACUGGAAGAAAACUCAGGUAUCAACACAUAGCCUCACUGAGCACUAUCCUCUCUUUGUGGAGAAAAAAAUGGAAAAUGAACUCAUAUGCAUAAUAUAUGUGUGAACAGUAUGAAAGUAGGACAUAGCCCUUUGAAUAUUCCAUGCUGUACCUAAUGCUUAGCAUAGGGAAAGGCCAGAAAGAUGUUUCUGUUUGGUGAGAUGGGAGAAUGCUGAAGGUACUGCUAGCACUUGGAGCAGUUUUUAAGAAGAAUGCCUUGGAUGUUUUUCUCUCCCUCUCUUCAGCUGCCCAUCCGUCUGUCUCGAUGAGCAUAUCUUCCUGCCCUGCCCAGCGCCUGGCCCCUCUCGGCCUUAGUCCUGGGGCCCCUCCUGGGCUGUCGUUACCUGGCCACUUUGAGGAAGAGGAAUGGGACCUGGAUGUCAAGCCCAUCCCAAGGGGUGAGUGCUGUUCUCCCUGCCUUCUCAUAGAGCGUUGCUGCUCAAAUUUGCACUCACCCCUACCUUUCUCUGCUGCUCUCCUUAGCCGAGACGUCUGAGUCCGAUGGACCCUCUCCAAGCCACCAAGAGCUACCUAGGCAAGGAAGAGGAUCGUUGCCCGGCAGCAGCACAGCUUUGGGGCACCCCCAGUCGGUGAGUGUACACAACAGCCAACGGCUCUUUGGCGAGGGUGUCUGUUGUCAUGGGUCCAUUUAUACAAUUGGGAGAAUCAUGUGGUAAAGCCCUUCCUGGAGUGCACUCGUUCAGGCUGCCAGCAGGGAAACAGCAGCAUGUUCAAAUGAGACAAAAAUGAGUGCACUCAGGAAAAGAAUUCAGCCCCAUUUAUGCUAACUUCCUAUAGAAAUAAGGUAUCCACACGCUAGGCUCAUUACUCCACACACACACACACACACACACACACACACACACACUUUUAUCACUUGAUUCUGCCGAUUGUAUAAAUAGGCACUAAGUUUGGGAAGCAUCUUUUGUGAAAGAGCGCCAGUGGGGCUCUACCAAAUCUCUCAUUGCUGUGAAAAGGGUCAGGGGCAUGCUGUUCUGGGUUAGGUGCUGGUAACCCAGUGGCUGUGUGCGCCUGGGCAGAAGUCUUGUGUGCUUUUGUGUGUGUGAUAGUGCAAUCCUCCUGUCCCACCCUUGCCCCCCUCCCUUCCCCACCAGGAUUCACCACGCCAUCCCUGAUGGCUUUCAUAUGUUUUCUUUAUUUGCCAGAGCUCUGGCGUUGCCGACGAACCAGUGACCCCACUCUGAGGCCAUGGCGGCCAGGUACAGAGCCCCUGCCAAACUUCUCUGCCUUUGUGCAACCCCCUCCCACCUCUUUACCUAACUACUGUCACCUUUUCCCCAAAGUGCAGCACAUGGCACUCCCCCAUGUCUUUCUCUGAGCCUUUAUUUCCAGGCACACUACUUGCUCAAGUUCACUCCAUCCGUGUUACAUGUAUGACUGUACUGUCCAGGUUUAUCUGUGUUUCACCAUCCUGCAGCUUCUCUUUGUCUUGUGUGCUGUUCUCACUGGCUAUCCAGUUGUCUUAAUGCUACUACAAUUGUUUUAAAUUAAUCUAAUCCCUUCAGAGCUGGCAUAAUUUAAUGGCUAACAGUGUGAACUGGCAAGUCACUGAUUUAAACUUUGCCUCAAGCAUGGACUUACUGGGUGACUGCCGUUUAUCAGCCUCAUCCCCCCACCUGUGAGAAUUGGGGGAAAUAAUAUUGACCUACCUUGCAUGGUUGUUGUAAUAAAUCUGGAGAUAAUCUAGGUGAAGUUCUUUAAAUACUUAAAAAAUCAAGCUACAAAAUGCUAAGUUUUAUUUUUACAGGGAAGUAGGACCUAUAUGUUGUCCCUAUCACAGCUUAUAAUGCAUUAUAUUUAACUAGACCAGGAUGGGUUGCAGAGAAUCAUGUAUAAAUUUGGCUCAUGAGGACUAGAAACUUGUUGCGUAUUGGGUAGCCAGAAAAACUAAGAGGCUUGGUGUCUUUCUUUGUAUCUAGACACUUACCCAUCUGUUUCUUUUGCAGCACUGGGUGUGGAGUCUACACCGGAAGCUGUUCUCCCCAGGCAGCCGUGGAAGGCAGGACUCAAACCCCAGGAACUCUGGGAACAGAACUGUCUGA